UUAUUAUUAUCUAGAGGUGAUCUGGAGAUGGUCAAUGUCAAAUGGAAAUACAAGUUUUAUGAAGACACAAGAAGGUUAUGAGAAAUGAAGAUCGGAAUAAAUCAGCAGUUAAAAAAGUCGAAAGCGGCAGGAGAGUGUUGUUGUGGAUUUUUUUAAUCUCUGACAGCAAAACUUAAAGAUACAACACUUGGCGGCGUCUUUGAUGCUUGCAUCAAUGAAUUUCCUUGUACUGGCUUGAGUGUUCUUUAAUAUACCGUGACUGGAGUGGAGCCAACCUCCGCGCAGGAAUAUUGUCAAACAAUCACUGUACCGAUAAGGGGAAGUAACACUGUGUUGGAGUUUGGAGAGGAGCAAGAGUAAUAGAAUUUCAGAUAAAAGCCAUGCGAAGGCUUUAGGUGUAAACUGUACCAGAAAAUGGCGACAACAGGAACUGUAAAACCAACAGAAGAAAAAACACAUUGCUUCAGACUUCUUACUUUAGUGGUAGACGGUGGCACACACGUUUUACGACACCAAUUUCAUCAGGCCAUUCCACCUGAAGAUUUAUACAACACACUAUGUGAUCCUCAAGUUCGUAGAAAGUUGAAUGAUUUGAACAGGAAGAAUCAAAUUACACGCGAUCAGUUUAAUCUUCUAUACCCGCAAAUUGGCCAGCCCAUUUCAGCAAAAUUUGAUAUUAGCCUGUUAUUCUGCCUAUUGCGCUACAUAUGUGGUUUGAACGAACAGUCUCAAUCAUGGCAAGGCAUUCCACCCUCAUCUGAUACGUCAUUAGAAUCCGACAUUCAAAGAAUGAGAUUGAUCAGAAAUGAGAUGUGUCACAUGACAUCACUUUCGUUAACAGAACAGAAUUUUUCAAGGAAGUGGAACGAAACAGAGCAGGUGAUUCUCCGGCUAGGGCAUGGAAUUCCUACGCUAAAACAAGAUAUUCAGAAGUUAAAGGAUUGCAGCAUUGAUCCAGAGAAAGAAAAGUACUAUCAGGAAAAGCUUAAAGGGUGGGAAGAGACUGACACCAUGAAAAGCAAAUUAGCUGAUAUUGAGAGCAAUGUUAAAGACUUUGGAAAGAAACUCGAACAAUUAGAAAUUACGAAUGUUAGCAGUCAGGAACUAGAAUCACGACAAAGUAAGCUAGAACAAGUUGUUCUUGGUGACAGGGCGAAAAUUGAUGAAAAACAUAAACGUGUUUCUGAACGUCUGAGUGAAACUGAAUUGAAAGCUAAGCAGAUAGAAGAAACAGUCGCUCAGCUGUCAGGGAAAGCUGGAGAUGGUCUUCUUAAAAUAUCACCAGAAUUGGAAAGCCUCUGUUCUACGACAAGACUGUAUUUGGAAGAUGCUGAUCGUGAUGAAAUUUACGUCGAAACAUCUGUCCAUCUUAGGGCGAAAGAAACGUUGGAAACUACAAAUUGUCUGAUACUCACUGGACUACCUGGAGAAGGUAAAACUACCAUGGCUACAAAACUGAUCAGUGAGGUCACAGAUGUGGAUUCUGUCUUGAAGCUUAGAGAGCCUUCAGAUUGGAAACUUGUAGAUUUAAGUUCGAAUCGUUUCAAUACAAUAUUCAUUGAUGAUAUAUUUGGAGCAGGUUCAUUUGAUGAAAAGUUACAUAGAGGUUGGUCAACAUACUUGCCGGAAAUAGAGAAAGCUGUUAAAAAGAACCAACUUAAAGUAAUUAUAACAACCCGACAUUAUAUUUUCGAGGAAGCAAGAGAGAAAAUGCGCCGAAUGCACCUGUUCAAAGAUAAAAACGUGAUAAGUCUUGAUUCAGCUAAGUUGACAGUGCCAGAGAGAACUCAAAUGCUAGAAAACCAUCUAAAACAUGCAGAUAAGGAAUUUGCGUCUGCUUUUAUCGAAGAGUGCAAUACGACAUAUGAAUAUUCGUUCUCAAAUAACAGUUAUAAUUAUUUGCCGAGAAACCUACCAGACACAAGUACAUAUAUAUGGGGCGGAAAACGGAUAGGUUUUCCUGAAAUUGUUGACAUUUUCGUUAACUCAGAACAACUCUAUAAACAAGGGGCAUCUUUCUUUGAAAAGCCAGUAGCGUUCUUCAGAACAUGCAUGGAAGAUCUUUUCCUCGAUGAAGAGAAAUACCUUGCAUUAAUUUUGCUUUGGUCAAGACCUCUCAAAGAAUUAAAGGUUGAAGAACUUUGUCCAUCCCCGAUUCAGUCUGAUAUUGAAACAACUAUACAAAAAUUCAAUUUCGAGUUAAAAGGACCUCUGCUCAAAGUUCUACGCAAAUCAUUACAACACCAUAAAGGUGGAUAUCUGAGAUUUAACCCCAGAACCGGUACAUACUCAUUCUGUCACAACAUUGUGAAAGAUAUGGUUGGGCUUGUUGCGGGCCAAGAAUAUCCCGAAGCAGUUCUAGAGUUAGCGGAUAAAGAAUUUAUCAUGCAAUAUGUAACAACAGAUAAAGGAAAGGAUGACGGUUUUCAUCUGUAUAUAGAAGAAUACAUGUUCGAACAAUUGCGACAAGUUAUAUGCCGCACCCUACUCUUCAACCCCUCUCAAAGAAGAUCAACGGAUUAUCUAUUUGGACUGCACAACCAAUUUCAUCUGAAAACGAUAGGUCUUGAAUUCGAAGACAUACAUUUAAAUGCAUCAAGUCUUGCCCAUGAUUGUUUCUGCAACAGAUCGUUCAUCGCUUCGUUUUACAAGAGCAAAGUGGGACAGGAUCUUUUGUCAAAACCAGUUGCUACACUAUCUCGCGAGUUUAGUAAGCGAUACGGGCUUCGUUUACCAGUCAAGAAAUGUAUGGUUUAUCUCCCUACACUUGCGCUCUUAUUUCGAAAUAUUGAACUAUUGGAAGAAUUUCUGAAGUACAAUUUCGAUCCGAAGUCUGGCAUGUCUGCUCAGUUUUUGGAGAUGUCUCUACUGAUUGCCGUUCAUGCUGGGAUAAAAUCUCAAACUUUAAUGAUGUUAGAAUAUGGGGCAAUUUCGAAUGAAAAUGUCAUAUUGGUAGCUGCAUCACAGUCAAAUGUCGAAAUACUAGAUAUCCUCUUAGUAAACCGGCCAGUAGACUACGACACACAGUCUUACAUUAUCAACAGCAACAGCCCUUUAAUUGCAGCAGCAAAACACGGGAUUAUUCCAUCAGUCGAAUGCCUUAUCAAGCAUAAAGUAAACGUGAAUUAUCGUAACAGAAACAAUAUGUCAGCUUUGGAUAAAGCUGUAAUAUACAGACAAUAUGAAGUAUGUCGAAUUUUACUGGAAAACGGGGCAGAAGUAAAUAGUAGCGGAGUCAAAUAUAAAAGAACUCCUCUCCAUAUGGCUGCAGAUGUAAAUGGUUCGGACAGACAUGCACUAGUAGAGAUAGCCAAGCUGUUAAUUAGAUAUGGUGCUUCGUUGCAUAUGAAGGAUUACCGGGGUCAUUGGCCAAUUCAUUGUGCCGCUAUACGCUGCAACAACGACGUCUUGAAGACGCUGCUAGAAGAAGACGUUUCUCAAGCUUCUGUUAGAGUCACAUCAUAUGGUAAGCACUCUUUUAUAAAGGGUAUGGACCUCUUUCAUAUCGCAGUAUGGAAAAAUAACCCGGACUUGAUUGACAUACUUCUGCAGUACAACGCUGAUCCAAAUAUGCCAGAUUUCUACGGGAGAACUCCUUUUUAUUGCGCUGUUUACAAUGGAAAUUUGGAAAUAAGUAAGAAACUGCUGAAUGUGGCUGAUAUUCGACAAGCGGAAAAGACAGGCUUUACUCCUUUGCAUGCUGCUGUACGCAAUGGCAACUCAAAGUUGGCCAAAAUGAUUUGUCCGGCUGCAGAUAUCAACGCAAAAGACAAGUAUGGCAAAACACCAUUACAUAUCGCUUGUGAAACAAAGAAUGUAAAGCUAUUCAGAAUACUUGUUACAGAUUACAAAGCAGAUGUUCGGAUGCUGACAAACGAGGGCGAGACAAUAUUUAGAAUUUUGAAGAACCCGUCAACACAAACACAAAAAAGGAAAAUGAUGAAGAACAACGUGAAAGGAUCUUUAUCCGCAGCGAUGUUUGAAAAAUGCAUUCAGAUAGUUGAAAGCGUUGAUGUUGAAUUUGCACAUAACUGGGAAGUCUUAUCAUCAAGUUCGUUACCGUACAAGACUGACAGUUCCGGAUGAAAAGUAUGCGUUUCUAUUUGAAACUUUCCAGAUGAAAAUUGACAUUUCUCAACAAACGUGGUAUUGUGGUUAGGUCUCAUUGAAGUAUGUCACAUAUAGCGCAAUACAAUGUAUUUUUCGAACAUUUUACAUUUGAAAGUCGUCCAAAAUAUCAAAUAAUAAAAAUAAAAUCAAAAUGUUAGAACAAAAUCAAUUACAGAAAAGCUAAAAAACUUGUGCACGAAUGUUUAGUCUAACAUCCUAUUCAGAAUGGAAAACACCAUUUGAAACAGGUGACAUUACUUUUUUCAGACAAAAUUUCUGUUGAAUCAUGUGUUUAUAAAUAAGCUAUAAUUGUAAAAUAAAUAUAAGUUAAUGUG